AGAUGAAGCAGCACCUCUUGAUCUGCUUGAUCGCGGUCGUCGUGUGCUGCGCAGCAUUUGCGCUGGCAAAGAGCUCAAACGAAGAGAAGAUGAAGAAGUACUACAUCCGCACGGGCAAGAAAUUCCUUGAGGAAAAAUCCAAGGAGGAAGGCGUGAAAAAGUUGCCGAGCGGAAUGCUUUACAGAGUCAUCAAGGAGGGGACGGGCAAAGGAAAGAAGUCCUCCCCCAACGUUGGAGACUCCUGCAAGGUCACCUACUCUGGCAAGCUAAAGGACGGGACUCCCUUUGACAGCGGGACAACCUCGUUCGCUCCCAACCAAGUGAUCAAGGGGUGGACGGAGGCGCUGCAGCUCAUGUGUGAAGGAGACAAGUGGGAACUAUUCAUCCCCUACGACAUGGCGUACGGCGAGCGAGGAUCUCCUCCAAAGAUCCCCCCAUACAACCCUCUCGUGUUCGAGGUUGAGUUGCACAAGGUGGAGAAGGGGGGGAAACCAUGCAAGGAUGCGAAGGCUGAUCUUCAGAAGAAACUUUCUGAGGUAAGCGAGUCCAAGGAUCUCUAAGAUUUCUGCUGCACGAAUGCGAGCGAUGCACGUCUUGGAAGAUAUAUUUUUUGUUUCGUGCAUUGAUGGGCAAAUAAAACACACGAAUGGCAA